AUGAUCGGGAGUAAUUUCAUGGAAUCGUCACCAUUUCUGUUGCUGUUUGUGUUAGGAUAUUGCCUGGCGAUAAUUGAAGGAGAACUACGCUGCUACUGUAACGAGUCCGGCUGUGUCACGACUGGCUACAUGUGUAAGUCCAGUGCAGGGAAAUGCUUCACGGCUGUGGAGAUCCGUGGCGAGGUGACCCAUCUGACCCAUGGCUGCCUGGACAGCAUUUCUCGGGAGCACCACCAGUCUUGUCGGGUCGAAGUGGACAUGGUCAGUGCCAGCAGAGUGGACUGGACGGCUGGACACCUUCCCGUCUUGUUGUGCUGUACGGAACAUAUGUGCAACUACAGGGAAGACUUUGAUGUCAGCAUUAUUCUGACACCAAAAUACAAUGGGACAUUCCACAGAG